UACACAGUACAAUCUUGAGCAUCUUCUUCCACUACUGCAAAACCAUAUUUCGUUCCUUUCAUCUUCGCUUUCUAUUUCAACGAUCCACGAAAAAUGCUGGCGGUUUUCGACAAAUCGGUGGCAAAGGGUCCUGAGGCACUGCAAAGCCCUCAGUCAAACUCCGUGUCAGCGCUGAAAGAUGGGUUUUUGGCGCAGCACUUCUCCUCUGUUUACCCUGGUUCCGUCAUCGUCAACCUUGGCACUUCUGGUACCUUGGCCUAUUCUCUUCACAAACAGAACCCUCUCCUUCCAAGGCUGUUUGCGGUUGUGGAUGACAUCUUCUGCUUGUUUCAAGGCCACAUUCAGAAUGUUGCUCAUCUUAAGCAACAGUAUGGAUUGAAUAAAACAGCAAAUGAAGUGAUCAUUGUCAUAGAGGCAUACAGGACUCUAAGAGAUCGCGGUCCCUAUCCUGCUGCUCAGGUUGUGAGAGAUUUCCAAGGCAAAUUUACAUUUGUUCUGUUUGACAGUGGUUCUAAAACCGCAUUCAUUUCUUCGGAUGCUGAUGGGAGUGUUCCCUUCUUCUGGGGAACUGAUGCGGAUGGAAACCUUGUUCUUUCAGAUGAGACUGAGAUUGUAGCUAAAAGCUGUGGGAAAUCCUCUGCACCGUUUCCUAAAGGAUGUUUCUUUUCAACAUCUGGAGGUUUGAGCAGUUUUGAGCAUCCACUAAAUGAGAUGAAGGCUGUACCUAGGGUUGACAGUUCCGGAGAGAUGUGUGGUGCCACUUUCAAGGUGGAUGCUGAUGCUAAGAAGGAAACAACUGGCAUGCCAAGGGUUGGGAGUGCUGCUAACUGGUCUAAUAAUAUCUAAUUGCAACUCCUCUAUUUGAAGUACGGGUUUUAUUAUGUAUUUUCAAAUUCAAGUCAUCUAUUCCCAUCAUAUGAUUAAUGUUGAGAGGCUCUAGCAAGGGAUAGCUUAUCAUAUUAGUUUACUUGCUGAACCGUGAUAUGAUUUCAUUAAGCUAGACAAAGUUGUUUGCAAGCAAAUAGUGAGGCUCAUACUCUAUUGGCACCUAUCAUGUAAUAAUAUUGACUUGCGUUCUGAUUCAUCCUAAAUAAAGACUAUUUGCUGCUUUA